UGUUUGCACUGCAGAGAGGCACAUAUCAAAACAAGCUUGACUUUCAACUUUUGAAGAAUGGCAGGCAAAAUCCUUUUGCCUGUACUGCUUCUGUUGUUUAUAAAUGGAGUUAAAACUCAAACCACAACUAUAGGUGGGAUGACCACUCAGAGUCCAGGACCCCUCUACCCAAUUGGUGGAACGACAAGCUCUCGAUCCGAUGAUGGAAGCUCCCCACAAAUUCCGCUGCUUCAAAACUUUAACUAUUUUGGCCAGUCUUACUCUCAGAUUUAUGUGAACCACAAUGGACAUCUGACCUUUGAUGCCCCGUGGUCAAGCUAUUCUCCUCAACAAUUUCCACUAUAUGAAAACAGAGACAUCAUUGCUCCAUUCUGGACCGAUUUAGACAACAGAGGAAAUGGAAACAUCUACUAUGUUCAGUAUACCAGUGGCUCUAUUCUCCAGCAGGUUACACAGGACAUAAAUACAUACUUCCCAGCACUAAACUUUCAGGCCAGCUGGAUCCUUAUUGCAACAUGGCAUGAGGUUGCCUAUUAUCCAAUGACUGGAACACAAACAACCAUUCAGGCGGUCUUGGCUUCCAAUUGGCAGUACUCGUUUGUCCUGAUGAAUUAUGGGUCCAUAGCAGAGACAAACAGAUUAAUAGAGGCUGGAUACGAUACUGUCAGUUCCUCUCACCACUUUACCAUCCCAGGAUCAUUCUCUGCAAACGCAACCGGUCCCAACUCUGUUUUAAGUCUUAAUAGCAACGUCAAUGUACCUGGACGCUGGGCUUUCCGUGUAGAUCAUGGUUUAACGGGCUGCACUUUCAAUGGUCAACCUGUACAAAUUGGUGACUCUUUCUGGAGUGACAGCACUUGUGCACAGAGGUGCACCUGCACCAGAGCAGGGCUGCAGUGCUCCAGUGACCCCUGCUCCUUUUCCCAAAUUUGUCGGCCAGCUUCCUUUCAAUACUCUUGCCAGACAGUGCAAAGACGUACCUGCACCAUCAGCGGGGAUCCACAUUACUACACCUUUGACAACGCGGUGUUUCACUUUCAGGGAACAUGUACUUAUGUUUUGUCAGAACAGUGUCAGAAUGAGUUGCCUUACUAUAGAGUUGAGGGGAAGAACGAGCAUCGUGGCAGCACUCAUGUUUCAUGGACACGAUUGGUCAAAGUCUUUGUCUAUAAUGAAACUAUUGAACUUGUUAAAGGUCAUCAUGGUGUGGCUAAGGUUAAUGGAAACUUUGCCACAGCUCCCUUUUCCCUCAGAAAUGGCACUAUCCAGGUUUAUCAAUCAGGUUUUUCUCUGAUCGUCAGCACUGACUUUGGUGUGAUGGUGUCUUAUGACAUGAAUAGCUAUGUCCGGAUCAGUGUGCCCUACACGUACCAGAAUAACACCUGUGGGCUAUGUGGAAACUUCAACAAUCACCCUGAAGAUGACUUUCAAACCCGUGAAGGUGAAGUAGUGAGCUCUGAUGUGGUUUUUGCAAACAGCUGGAAGGCACCAGGGGAUGAUGAGCCCGGCUGUGAGGCUCAGUGUGGAGGAUUGGCCUGUGCCGCCUGCUCAGCAGAUCAGUCAGCAUUGUACAGAAGUUCUGCUCACUGUGGUAUUCUUGAGGACAGUUCAGGGCCGUUUGCUCCCUGCCAUCAGCAACUCCCUCCAGGAUCCUUUGUGGACAGCUGUGUGUAUGAUCUGUGUGUCGGCGGAGGGUAUCAACCCAUUCUGUGCCAAGCGCUUAAUGUCUACUCAAGUCAGUGUCAACAAAAUGGUAUCCAGCCACAAACCUGGCGGAGUUCUAACUUCUGUGAAAUCCCUUGCCCAGCAAAUAGCCACUUUGAGCCCCAAGGUACAGGAUGUCCAGCCACAUGCGUCAACCCUAAUUCCACCCACAACUGCCCCCUCCCAAAUCAGGAGAGCUGUGUCUGUGAUUCAGGCUACGUCCUGAGUGGUGGUGUCUGUGUCCCUCAUGCUGAGUGUGGCUGCAGCUUUGAGGGUCAGUACUACCGCUCAGGAGAAACUGUCAUAUUGGAUGCAGACUGUGGGAGGCGCUGCAGUUGUAGCUAUGGCUCCAUGAGCUGCAGCCCUCACAGCUGUGGUCAACAUGAGUCCUGUAGAGUGGAGGAUGGAGAAAGAGGUUGCAAACCAAACAGCUUCUCAACAUGUUGGAUAAGAGGCCCAGGAUCAUAUCAAACAUUUGAUGGGCUGAUGUACCAGUACCCUGGAGCAUGUCGCUUGACACUUGCUAAUGUCAUUGGAUCUUCUAAUCACUCCCACUUCAUGGUAACCAUGGAAAAAGUUCCGACGGGUGUGCAAAGUUUUUCCAGGGCUCUAAAAUUUGAGGCAGAGGGAACACACAUUUCUAUUGAACUGUCAAGUAGUGGCCAUGUUCAGGUUGAUGGUCAGCUGACCAGACUGCCCUUCAGCUCUGGGUCCAACAGAAUCCGCAUCUUCCAAAGCAGCACACAGAGCAUCAUCCUUCGUACAGCCUUUGGUGUAACUGUGCAAACCGCCUGGCCUCAUUUUGUGGGUAUCACUGCACCAAGUGUCUACAGUGGGUUAUUAGGUGGACUUUGUGGGAAUUACAACGAUGACCAGCAUGAUGAUUUCCGUACACCCAAUGGCACUCUGGUCAGUGAUUCUCAGGUGUUUGGGAACAGUUGGCGGAGUGGAUCCCUGGCAGAUCAUUGUGUGGAAAGCAGAUAUCAUAACUCUGCAGCCAAUUUCAGUUCCAGUGAGUACUGUGGAGUUAUUAGCUCCAACACUGGGCCAUUUACAUCAUGUUGGGGUGCAGUGGACCCAGGGCUGCAGGUAGAUGCAUGUGUAGAGAUCCUACAGGGCUCCAGAGAUCCAGCGUCAAAACUCUGCGAGGUCCUACAAGAUUAUGCACUGAUGUGUCAACACAACGGCAUUUCCCUCGGACAAUGGAGGAAUGCAACUGGCUGUGAACUUUCCUGUCCUCCAAACAGCCACUAUGAACUCUGUGGAAGUUCAUGUCCAUCGUCCUGUCCCAGCCUCUCUUUCCCCUUCACCUGUGACACUCAGUGCCAGGAUGGGUGUCAGUGUGAUGAUGGGUUUGUUCUGAAUGGUAACCAGUGUGUCCAACCAACAUCAUGUGGAUGUUAUCAUGAAGGGCGCUAUCGGCAGGCUGGUGAACAGUUCUGGGAGGGUGAAGAAUGUCAGAAUUUUUGCACCUGUAAUGGUGUUACUGGUGUAGUCCAGUGUUCCCCAAACACAUGUGGACCUCAGAAGUCCUGCCGUGUUGUUGAGGGUGAAUUUGGCUGCCAUCCCAACCCUCAUGGCAUCUGCUCUGCCUCUGGAGACCCUCACUACCUCACCUUUGAUGGCAAGGCCUAUGACUUCCAGGGAACCUGCCGCUAUGUUCUGGCAACAGUUUGCAAUGAAACUGAAGGUGUUAAACACUUUUCUGUGCAAGCAAAGAAUGAACCAUGGUUUGGGUCGCCAGUUUCUAUCACGGCUGAAGUUUUUGUUGAUCUAUUGGGCUAUCAAGUGCGCAUGUCAAGAAACAACAGGGGAACAGUGGAGGUAAAUGGAAUCACCAGAAACCUGCCCAUUGUCUUCAAUGGAAGCCUUUCUAUUUUUGGAAGUGGAUCCCAAACAUUUGUCAAUGCAGACUUUGGACUGAGCGUCAUGUAUGAUGGAAGUAGCACAGUGUCCAUUAAUGUGCCCCCAAUCUACAGAGGAAAUACAUGCGGUCUUUGUGGAAACUUCAAUGGAGAUCGAAAUGAUGACUUCCACUCCCCAAGUGGAGAAGUGGUCAACACUCCAGAUGCUUUUGGGGCAGCCUGGAAGGUUCCUGGGAACUACACCUGCAGUGAUGGCUGUGGCUCCUCAUGCCCUCAAUGCAAUGAUGACCAAUCUGCCAGGUCCCAAUGUGAGGUGAUUCAGGCAGCUGACGGCCCCUUCAGCUUCUGCCACGAGGUGGUGGAUCCAUCGCCAUAUUUCAGUGACUGUGUCUUUGAUGUCUGCGUGUCUGGAAAUCGAGGCAGUGAUCUUCUGUGUAGGGCUCUUGAAACAUAUGUCAGUGCCUGUCAGUCUGCUAAUGUCCAUGUCUAUCCUUGGAGACAAAACACCACCUGCAGAAUUGAGUGCCCAGCCAACAGUCAUUAUGAGCUGUGCGGAACAGAUUGUGGCCACACCUGUGCCAGCAGCAUUGAUGCCCUCUGCGACCAUGUUUGCUCUGAGGGAUGUUUCUGUGAUGAUGGUUUUUCCAGGAGUGGAAGCAGCUGUGUCCCUGUGGAAAGCUGUGGCUGCCAGUAUGAAGGCCUGUACUUCAAUGCUGGUGAGUCCUUCUGGACAGAUGGAUGCUCCCAGAGAUGUGAAUGUGAAGCACCCAAUGUCCUCAACUGCUAUCCUUCAUCAUGCACUCCUGCACAAGAAUGCUCUAUCAGAGAUGGUCAGCUGGGCUGUCAUGAUGCAAUGUCUACCUGUACUGCAUGGGGUGACCCACAUUACAUCACCUUCGAUGGAGCCCUGGCUCAUUUUCAGGGAACAUGCUCUUACAUCAUUACUGAGAGCUUGAGCCAAAGUAACAAUGAAACUCACUAUAAAGUAGUGGCCACCAACAACCACAGAGGGAACAACCGUGUGUCAUUUGUGUCAUCGGUUGAUGUAUACCUCUCAAGUCCUCAAGAGAAUGUUCAUGUCAUUCUUGGACCUAACAAGAGAGUGAAGGUGAAUGGAGCUGAGGUCUCUCUUCCCACCACUGCAGGAACCUUUGGUCAGCUGAUGAGGCAGGGAAGGUUCCUAGUGUUUGAUGCUGGUGAUGUCAUAGUCCAGUUUGAUGGCCGCAGUACCUUACAUGUAAGAAUGAGCCGCCACUAUCAAAACAGAGUCACUGGAAUGUGUGGGAACUUCAACAGUGAUCCUACUGAUGACAAAGUUUUUCCCAACGGUACAUUGGCCCAAAACGACAAUCAUUUUGCCCACAGCUGGAAAUCAGAGACAAGCCAAGCAGGAUGUGGAGCCACAGAUGACAGAAGUGGUGGCGGAUUGGAUGACUGCCGCUUUAUAGAGGAAUACACGGAACUCUGCCGAGUCAUCACCAACACCAGUGGCCCAUUCAGUUCCUGUCAUCUCCACUCUGACCCACAGCCAUUUUUCACAUCAUGUGUUUAUGAUCUCUGCCUCUACACACCAGCUAAUGGAAUGCUUUGCUCAGCGGUCUCUGCUUAUGAGGAAACCUGCAACAUUUUGGGUUUAAAUAUUCCUGAUUGGCGUUCUCCUUUGAACUGUGCUGAGACAGACCCUUGUGAACAGCUGGACUGCGCAGAUUAUGAGUGGUGUGGAAAGAAAGAUGGGGUAUACGGCUGCUUCUGUGAUGAGCACCAUCAUAGACCCAACAAUGAGAGCUAUGACUCGAGCAUCCAAUGUGCCAGCAGUUCAGGCACCAUGUCAAUAUCUCGCUGUCAACUGUUUGAAGCUGGCUUCCAUCCAACUGCUCUCCACCUACGAGAUUCCUCCUGCAAUGGGACUCUGCAGGACGGACGACUGAUCUUCCACUUUGACAAUGACAACCAUUUGUGUGGGACAGCUCUGAGGAGCAAUGGAACUCACUUCAUGUACGAGAACACCAUUCAGGGGAACGUGGAUCCUCAUGAAGGUCUAAUCAGUCGUCAGAGGAACCUUCAUCUGCAGUUCUGCUGUAUUUACCCUCUGGCUCAGGCACUGUCAAUGUCUGUAGGCAUCAACCCUCUAGAAAGCAUUUUGAGGAAGAAGCUUCCUAUUGGCAUCGGAUCUUAUCGUAUGAGAAUGAUCCCCUACGAGGAUGAAGACUUCCGCUAUCCCCUUAGUACUAACAGAAACAUAGAAAUGGAAGUUGAUGAAAUGUUUUAUGUGGAAGUGAGAACAGAAGGAGUGGAUCAGCGCCAGUUUGCCACCGUUCUUGACUCUUGCUGGGGCACGCCAGUCAAUCAGGCCAACUACCCUGUUCGCUGGAAUCUCAUUGUUUCACAGUGUCCUAAUCCAGAAGAUGGAACAGUAGAGGCGAUUCAAAAUGGUGUCUCCACUGUGGCACGUUUCUCCUUCAGGAUGUUCACCUUUACCAACCACACAGAGAUGUUCUUGCAUUGUAGUGUCCACUUGUGUCUUCUGAGAAACAACAACUGUGCACCUCACUGCUAUCCAGGACACCACACCCGAUUCCGAAGGGACAUAUCUUACCAUGACUCAGGAGCUCUAUCCCUUGGGCCACUAGUCCUUAAGGCACAACAGAAGACUGGUGUUUCUUCGAUAGGAUCAAAAAUCCAAAGAAAUGGGGCUUCAGUCUGUCUGACAUCAAUUGUUACACUGAUUUUUAGUUUAAUAAUGGCAAGAAUCUUGGUGAAUUGAGAUCAAAAGAGAAUCGUACUUUCAAAUCUGGUAGAAUAUUGUUACUUAUGGUUGAUGUUGGUCUACGGUGUUUUGGGUUUCUUGUUUGUACUCAUAAUUAAAUUAAAAUAGAGGAACUUUUAUAGGUAGAAAUUCAGUUUAUUUGCUUUGCAUCUUUAAUAAUUUUGUCAAAUCAAUAUUACACAAAGACAUGCACAAAAAUUAAAUACUCAGACAUGCUGGUGUACAUGAGGUAAAAUGCAUUUAUAAAUUCUAGGUACCUAAAGCACAAAAAAUGUAUGGUUGGAAUGGGUGGUGUAAACCACUGGAGGUAUUAAUAUAAUUUUAAGUGUGGUCUUGUUUAUAGCAUUACUUAUUGGUAUCAGAGAAUCAAAACUAUUACUUUGUUGUGUAUUUUAUGUAUACAUGUACAACUAUCUACGGAAAAUAUCUAAAAAUGUCAAACUUUCAUUCAAUAUCUAUAUUCUGUUUAUGAAUUUUUUGGGUGCAGGGAGAUAUAUCUGCUUGAUUAUUAAAUAAAUUAAUAAAGGUAUUUAAAU